GGACGAGAAGACAAGAAGAUGGAUUGUGUUUGUUUGUGUGCUGCCUGACGACUGACCAGGUCCAGCUGGGAUGUCAGGGAUGGACGUGGUCGCCGUGGGCAACGAUGACACCUCCACAGCGGGAAACGGCACCUUCCCCCGCCUCUCGCCCACAUGGAACGUGACGUCAGCUUCCUCCUCCUCCUGGUCGCGGGGUCGGGGGGGCGGGAGUGUGCAGGUCUACGUCGGCCUCUUCCUGGGCCUCCUGCUGCUCCUGCUCAGCCUGCUCCUGGUGGCCCUCCACAGGCUGAAGAACAUCGUCUCCUCCUCCUCCUCCUCGCUGCCCGACUGCGGCGGCGAAGGACGCUUCACCAACAUGGAGGUGUGCAGCGUCUCGACUCGGACGUCCCCCGCGACCUCGCUGCGCACCUGA